CCCAUUGGUUUCCAUUUCUUUAUCUCUGUUGUGGUUUUGUGACCAUGUAUGUUUAUUUUGUCCAACGAGGUGGAAAAUGGGGUCUCAAGCAUUUGACUCUUAGGAAUUGUUUGGUUGGAGGACAACGGAGGGGAGGGGAGGGGUUUUUAAAAUCUAAUUUUGUUUGGUUCAAACUUUAGGAGGGGAGUGGGGAAAUGGAGGGGAGCAAAAUCCCUCCAACCUCAAUUUUUUGUUCCCCCAAAAGUGGGGGAAUUAGGAAGGAAAAUAAUUUUCGGACAAAAAUAACCCUACACAAAUCUAGAAAUUCCAACUUUUAGUCCAAGGGUUUUAGGUGUAUUUCCUUCCUUCUUCAUAUCAACCAUUGCUGCCUCCGUCUCUGGUCUCUCUCUCCGCCGCCGGUGCCCCCUCACCGGUCUCUCACUCCGCUGUCGCCGCCGCUGGCCCCCCUCAUCUGCAACCCAAGUUCUGCAAGCCUUACCUUUUCAAUUUCAUUUCUAAUUGGUGAUUCCCUCAUUCUUCAGCAGCUGAAAUACAUGGAUACAGAGGAAGCCCCUAAAAUCCCCAGAAGAUUAACCAGGUCUUUGGCUUCAUGUUCAUCAUCCACUUCAAAUAUUGUACCUGCAGCAAAAGUAAAUAACCUUGAACCUCUAACUAUUGAUGACCUUUUAGUUGGAGGAGGCCCCAUUAGCCUAGGUGAUGUAAUUUCUAGUUAUCCUUGUAGAAGUAACCAGAUUCUUGAGAUUAUGCGUCUUUUGGGUCCUUUGAAUUCACCAAUGCCUCCUUUGUUUGUGUAUGGAAGUGCUUCUACUGGAAAAAGUAGUGUCAUUCUUCAAGUAUUCAGGCAUCUAAACAGACCCCUUAUUUAUUCUAGUUGUAGGACAUGUUAUAACCAGCGUAUCUUGUUUGAGUCUAUUCUAAAUCAGUUGCUUCUCCAUAGAAAAAAUGCUGCCAAUGGUUAUUCUAAUGUGAAGCGCUGUGAAAGACCAUCUGAUUUUGUCAAUUUUCUCCGCGAAGCAUUGACCAAUGUUAUAAACAAUCUGAAAGAGAAGUCGAUCUCAAAUAAGACGAAACAUGGAGGAAUUGGGAAUAUGAUCUACUUGGUAUUUGAUAAUUUUCAGCUUGUUAGGGAGUGGGAUAAGAACUCUACUAUAUUGCCCUUACUGUUUAAUCUCUAUGAUCUGCUAAAGAUGCCUGAGGUGGGUCUGAUUUUUAUCAGCAAUACUUCCCCAGAUACAUUUUACUCUAACAUGGGUUACGUGGAUCCUAUUCCCAUUUACUUUCCUGAUUACACAGAAGAUGAUAUUCGUCAAAUAUUAUUGAGAAACCAAACGAACCAGAAGUUGUAUUCCUCAUUUCUAGAUGUAACUCUGAGGCCUUUCUGUAGAAUUACUAGGCAGGUUGGUGAAUUGACCACUGCUUUAAAGCCGCUAUAUGAAAAAUAUUGUGAACCUUUAAGUGACAGGGGAGUUGUUCCUAGUCAAGACAUGAUCCGAAGACUAUUCAAUCAUAUCAAGCCUCAUAUUGCCUCCUCUCUGAAUGAGAUAUUUAAGGUUUCAUCUCCUCUUUCAAAUGAAGUUGAGAAUGGUAAAGAGACAAAGCGGAAAGGGAGUCCCAAGAGAUUGGAGCAAUCUGAAGAAAUUGGCAAUCUUGAUUUUCAUAUGUCUACUAGUGCUAAGUAUCUCCUUAUUUCAGCCUUUCUUGCCUCCAGAAACCCAGCUACUCUUGAUGCUUCACUUUUUGAUUCCAAAGGUGGUUCUGAUAAUCGAAAGCGAAAGCGGAAGCCCGCUGAGAAAGUGCUGAAUAAGAAGGAAAUUUUAGAAGAGGAACUACUGAUGAAAGGACCCGGAACUUUCCCAUUAGAGAGGUUGUUAGCCAUCUUUCUAUGUCUUGUAUCAGUUGCAGAAGACCCGUCGGAUGAAGAGGAACAAAGCAACUAUGGAUUAGGAGUUCCAUGUGGCCAUGAUGAACUGAUGUCUGACGUUCUUUUGCAACUUUCUAGCCUCUGCAAUGCUAAUUUUAUAUUUAAAGGAAGAAGCUGUCCAAUAGAAGGCUCAAUUCGGUAUAGAUCAACUAUAUCUGAAGACUUGGCUUUGAAGGUUGCAAGGAGCCUUAAGUUCCCAUUAUCUAAGUAUUUGUAUAGAAGAUAGUUAUAUUUGACAUGGACACUUCGCUAAGCUUGGUUGUCAAGGUUUUUGUGAUAUAUUUGCUGAGAAAGUGAGAAUGAAUACAUCCUCUACUGUGAUCUACAUUUAUCAAAGUUGAAAUGGCUGGAGUCUCCGAUGAAUGCAAACCAAUGGUAGAAUGGAUAGUUUUGACCAUGCAGUUCAUUGGAUGGAUGGACUGAGUAGUGCUAUUUAAUGGACUUCUGAGUUGUUAUGGUUUGGUUUAUUGCUACUUUGUCUUCAAUAUUGCUCCGAAUAGUUUUUCUAAUUUUGUUGAUUGUUAGUAAAGGUCCUGUAAUCAUGUUACUUGGAGCUGAUAUGAAAUUGUAAUAUGGCAAAAAGUUGGGGUUAGUGCCAAAUUUUGUUGUAAAAAGAAUGCUCCUAGUUUGGUGGAAGUUUAAUGGUGGGAUUAGGAAGUUCUUGCUAA